GGUAGGGAUAUCCUGGACUGCAUGGAGCCGUGCUUCGGAUGUGAUUAGGUGCAGGGAGCUGAAGCCAAGGAGCUAAAUUCCAGCCCCAAAUUCCAACCCCAAAUUCCAGCCCCAAAUUUCAACCCCAAAUUCCAGCUCCAAAUUGCAUCGCUAAAUUCCAGUCCCAAAUUCCAACCCCAAAUUCCAGCUCCAAAUUGCAUCGCGAAAUUCCAACUCCAAAUUUCGUGUCAUCUUCGCGUCGACCCUAUGGCCGAUCCGGACCUUGCUCACUUCAAUGUUGCCAGUCUUAUCACGUCUACUGAUACGCAAAUUUCCAAGGAAGCCCCUUUCUUUAAGGACAUCAAGAAUCUCCGUCUCAUUUAUAGAAGCAUCGAUGGCAAGUAUCCCACAACAUUCUCGAAAGACACACGUUUCAACAUUCGAACCGGCCUCCGUUUUCGCUAUGAAAGCACUGCCGUCAAGGAGGAGGAUAUAUAUCGCGACCGUGUCUCUGCUCUUGGAUUUGUCCUUUUUUGGGUUAUAAUACCACGCCUUGACCGGAACCAGGUAUCUGCAACAUCAGGUUACUUGUGGACCAUUCUGAUACAAUGCCUAUCAUCACAAUUCGAAGCCAAGCAACCACCUGGCGAAGAUCUUCUUACUGCCUGUGGCAAGAGCACUGACAAGGAUGCCGUGUUUUAUCGCCUACCGACAAUAGCAAAACACGCCCAGAAGGAGCUCGAGGCAGAACACAUUAAAUAUGCUUUCAACAAACGGCUGGAGCAAGACACGGCACGUAUCGAGAGCGCGGCCGCGAGGGAGGUCACCAAGGCAACUCAACAGAUCCGAGAGAAGUGCAAGAAAGAUCUCGAGGAGGCAAGAGCAUUGCUCACGGAAGAGUUCCGAGAACAACUCGGAAAGGCGGCUGAGUUGGAGCGGACUUACAAGAAACCAACGAAUACCUUAACACCUCAGGGAGAUGGAGGAGGGUCUGACUACAUGCUUCAGGCGGGACAGGCAGAGGUGCGCGGGAUCGGGUGCCGCCAGACUGAGGACGAUCCAUCCGUCCCAAAAUCGUUGAAUACUACAGGCGUAUCUUCAGGUUGCGUCGAACGCAACUGAGAGAAUCCAUCCCUUAUCUUCAACCAAAUCCUCGAAUACCCCUCCUGCGAACCCCCCACAAAUCCCGAAAGAGGACAAUGUUAAUCCAUCAUCGGGAAAUAACGCUCUGCCGAACGGGAUCGGUCAGUCAGCAU